UCCCUAGUUAGAAUCCGAGAUAGCGUCCGCCAUUUGCCACCUGAGGUAUCGUUUAGUCUUUAGACAGUAUCGAUUUUCAAAGUUUGAGAAAUAAAAAUAAAAAUCGUCACAUAACUUUUGUAAGUUGUAAUGUAAUACAGAUUUUAAAAUGGAAUCAAAGAAAAGUCCAAACAGAAGAUCCAGAAGACAGUCUAAAACAGGUGAGGAAAACUACUGGGACUGCAGUGUCUGUACCUAUCGUAAUACUGCUGAAGCUUUUAAAUGCCUGAUGUGUGACGUGAGAAAAGGGACUUCUACUCGGAAACCACGGCUUAACCCGCAACUCGUAUCUCAGCAAGUUGUUCAUCAUUACACCCCACCUCAGACCAAGCAAAAAAUCCCUUCAAAGUUGGAGAAAAAAAAUUUGGAUAACUCCUCGACAGAAGCUCUACCAAAAAAGCGAAAUAGGCCCCGACUAAAGAAUGUGGAUCGGAGCAGUGCUCAGCAGAAAGCAAUAACUGUAAACAAUGUCACUGUUAUUAUUACGGAAUUUCAACCAAAACGUAGAGUAUCGUCAGAUCAUAAUGGAAGAUUGUCCAGUGGCAACACCUCAGACAGUGGCAGCAUGUCAGAUUCCACCAAUCACAGUGAUGUUAAAAUCGGAAGUCUACACUCAGAUAGAUGAGUGUGUGCAUAAUUAGCAUUCUGAGUGGUUUUGUUUAUAGUUAGAGUCUUGUAAUAAGUAAGUUAUCAAGUGGAAUUUACAUAAUACAUGAACUUGUGAGAAUGACGGGGUGAUAUUUUUGUGAGAAAUUUGGUGUUCGUUGAUCAGACAAACUGAAAUUCUUAAUGUAUUUUAGUUUUUGAGUUAUGGAUAACAGUAUUUUGAAGAUUUUAUGCAGUUAUUUGUAAGUAUGGCAUGAAUAUUAGUUGAUGUAUAAAAGUGUUUAAUAUUAAAUCAACUGUUUUCAUCUGUAUUUGAGGCAUUGGACAUAAAGUUACUACAGUGUCGAUUUAGGUGCUGUACUCGUCCUUUCAUAACAUCUUUGUACUUCUGUUAUCAUUUAUACACAAAAAUAUCACCGAUUUGGGUUUCCGAUUUUAAUGAACACUGAUAUAUUUGUGGGUUUUAGAAAGGCAUGCAAAGAGAUCAACUAUCUUGUUCAAGUUUUUCUUUUCAUGCCCUUUUAAAACUAAAUAUUUCUUCCAUGCAUUUAUGAGAAUUUAUCCUGUUUAAUAAAUGGUUUUUAUGUAGUCUUUGUAUCUCUCAUAUCUUACAUGUCUUAUUGAGCCUUUGCAUUAUUUUACUUUGCCAUGUCAUAUUGAGAUCUUGCAUUAUUUUACUUUACCAUGUCAUAUUGACCCCUUGCAUUAUUUUAAUUUGCCAUGUCUUAUUGAGCCCUUGCAUUAUUUUACUUUGCCAUGUCAUAUUGAGAUCUUGCAUUAUUUUACUUUGCCAUGUCAUAUUGACCCCUUGCAUUAUUUUAAUUUGCAUGUCAUAUUGAGCCCUUGCAUUAUUUUACUUUGCCAUGUCUUAUUGAGCCCUUGCAUUAUUUUACUUUGCCAUGUCAUAUUGAGCCCUUGCAUUAUUUUAUUUGCCCUGUCAUAUUGAGCCCUUGCAUUAUUUUAUUUGCCCUGUCAUACUGAGCCCUUGCAUAAUUUUGCUGUGCCAUAUCAUACUGAGCCCUUGCAUUAAUUUGCUGUGCCAUAUCAUACUGAGCCCUUGCAUUAAUAUGCUGUGCCAUGUCAUACUGAGCACUUCCAUUAUUUUACUUUGCCAUGUCAUACUGAGCACUUUCAUUAUUUUACUUUGCCAUGUCAUGCUGAACACUUCCAUUAUUUUGUUGUGCCAUAUCAUACUGAACACUUCCAUUAUUUUACCGUGCCAUACAGAAAAUGCCAUUUUGCAAGCUCUUCUUGUAUUUUGUUGUACUUUACAUUUUCUUUUACCAUCAUCAAUACUGAAUCCUUAAUUGUUUAUCAAUUUGAAUAUUAUCUGCUACUUUCAAGACAGUUUUUCAUUGUGUUUAUCUUCAAUACUAAUGUUAGCUUCUUGUCAAUUUGAAUAUUAUCUCUUUCUUUCAUGUGUUGUCUAAUAUCUGAAUUUUCCUCUCUCCAUACCAUGCCAAACACUGCCUAUUUCAUUCCUUGCCAUCCUAAUCACUGCCAUUGAGAGUUGUAUUAUAUUGAAAUGUUUACUACAAUAGGAAUGAUAACACAAUAAGAAAAUCUGUUGUUACUGGUAGAUUUGAAAUUUAUUCAGCUCAGUUCUUGAUAAACAUAACAUUAAAGUAAUAAACUUAAGUGUUUCAAAGUCACUUCCACUGUUCAGGCAACUGUCUUUAGGAAAUCAAUGGACAUAGUGUUGUCAUACUCAUAUUGUAGUUGACCAAUUGGACUGUGGGGGGAGACAGUGUACAUAUUUCAGUUACUUGUUUAAGUCUGCUUAAAUAAUUUUGGAUGAUGUAUCUUAUAUCCGUGAAUGCCAUUUAAUGUCAUCAUAACACACCAUAUGACUAUGUAUGGUCAGACUCUACACAUUGAUUUCACAACAUUUUCUCCAUCUGCUUUCUAAACAGUGGAGGUAAGUUGUAAAGCACUUAACAUAAUAAUGAGUUUGUAUAUGCCUUAGAGUGUAAAAAACUAAGUAAUCAUGUUUUCUAAAAUACCUAUAAUAUGUUUUAAGUCUGUUUGUUUUUAGACUCUUGUGAACAAAGAAUAUAAGAAUAUUAAUUUAUGCAAUGUGUUUUUCUUUUUCUCAAACUAAUUUCCAAGGUUAUUCUUUUGUUUUGAGUUUCAAGUGCAAGUUGUUUGCCUAUUCAAUAAGGUCAAACUUAAGAUAAUGAAAUACAGGGCUUGAAAUUAAUGGUAGCUUGCUGGUAAAAAGUCAACAGAUUAUCUUUUUAACCAUCAAGAAGUUGUAUAUGAAUCUAAGUUUCAAAUGGACAAAUGUAGAGGACGACGUUUCGAAAGUCUUCCGCCUUUCAUCUUCAAGUUGUAUAAUUUUCUAUCCAGUUGAUAAAUGCAGCAUUAUUGUGAAUAUUCAGAAUACUUCUAAACAGUAGUCAAAAUUAUUUAGCAAAAAGUUGGCUGCAGGCACAUCAUUUAUGGUAGAAAAUACAUUAUGAUAAUUGAUAAGUCUGUUGUUGUAGCUGCACUAUAAUUUUGGAUAAGUAUGUUCCAGUAGCCACACUAUGAUAAUUGAUAAGUAUGUUCCAGUAGCCACACUAUGAUUAUUGCUAAGUGUGUUAUAGUAGCCAGCUGUGAUAAUUGAUAAGUUUGUCCAGCUAUGAUUAUUGAUAGGUCUGUUCUAGUAGCCAUACUAUGAGGUAAAUCGAGGGAAUAUACACCAUAAGUGCACUCAUUAUGGCUGAGGUCCAGGGCUAACCUUAGGGCCUUAGACUCUGGAUUGAAUUUUAUGUAUUAUCCUGCUUUUCCUGAGAGUAAUUUUUCCAAUUUGGAUGCAUUUUUAAUUAUCAUAGUCAUGCUAUGAUAACUGAUUGAGAAGCCUGUGUCAAUAGCUACACUAUGAUACUUGCUUGAUAAAUCUAUUUCAGUAGCUAGCUAUGAUGAAUUAUAAUCUGUUUUAGUUGCCACACUGUACUAAUUGAUUGGUAAAUCUGUUGCAGUAGUCACAUUGUGAUGAUUUAUAAGUCUGUUCUAGUUGCUUGUUCUACAUCUUUGCAUGAUAUUCCCCAAGUUUAAAGUAGCAUAUUAAAGUGGGAUUUCAUUUAUUUUGAUUAUAAUCUGGUAGUAUACUAACAGAUAUAAGAUGAAAAAUGAACACUUCUUGGAAGUUCACAUUAGCUGUACUGACAACAUGCUACUUGUGAAUCUGUAGUUUGUAAAUGUAGCAUAAUUGACCCCUUUCAAAUAGAUGUUUCCAGAUUCUAAUCUUAUCUAAACAUAUGCCACUUAAUGAUUCAUCUUUUAUGUAUUGUGGAUUACAGCAUUGAUUGGCAUUAGAUGAAAUAAUUGAUUAAUCAGAAUUAAGGUUUCUGAUUAUUACUGGUUUUGGCUCAUCCAGCUGUUCAAGUAAUUGAAAUAUGGCUAUUUUCUCAUUAGUUUUUACAUUUAAUUCUAGGUUGUUAAACUUAAUUAGUUAGUGUCUGUUAUUAUUUUGAUUAUUCUAACUGUCCAAGUUUCAUGUGAGAAUAAUUGUUCAGUUGAAUGUAAUUGAUUAAUGAGCCUGAUUGUUAAAUUCCGCUAAUCGCCCAGAUCUGACGUAGAUGAGUUAUAUCACUUGAUGAAAAAACUUACUACUCUGAUCUCACAUAAUCAGUAUUUUAUAAAAUUAUAUGUAAUUUCUGUGAGAUGUGAUAGGAAGUGCUGUUUAUGUAGCUCCAGAGUCAAUAAGCAGGAAUGGUUGAGCAGUUCUAUUACAUUACAAUCAUGCAAAAGCUAAUAUCACCUUUCUAUAUAACUGGGCUAUUUCCUGAGCUGUGCAUCAUAUAUAUUACAAUUGCACUGCCUUUUGAUAUCUGACAGGUCAGUGGAGUUUGUGGAUAAAGCUAAUUUUCCACAUCAUCACUUAUCGGAUUCAUGUUUUAUUCCGAAGCUCCUACCACUGUUUUGCUCAUUUAGUGGAGAACAUUUCAGUUGUUUUUUUUUUCUUUAAGGUAAUAGUAUGACAUCUCGAACACCUUAAGAAUGUAUAAACAAAAAUAUUAAACAGUAAUACCCCAUUGAUUUAGAAAGGUCUACCUUAUGGAAGUGCUUUAGAAAGGUGUACUUUAUGAAAGUGCUUUAGAAAAGCCUACCUUAUGAAAGGUCUAGGUUAUGAAAGUACUUUAGAAAGGCCUACCUCUGUUACCAUGAAAUUAGAAUGAUGUUUCAAUUAAUCAGUAGAUGCUCAUGUUACUGAGGUUUGUUCUUAUUCUAAUAUUUUGUUAUUAAUUUUUUCUCAGGGUGGGUUUUAAUGUUUAUUGAAUUUAUUAUUAAUGAUAAACUCGACAUAUGACUUAUUUCACUUAGUUCCUAUGUUCAUAUACCAGUGUGUAUUUGUACUCAGUAUGAUAAUCUGUUUUACAUUUUAAGUUUUUAAACUUUUUCCAUGUUUUCACAGUUAUGAAACAAAAUAUACUUAUAUAACAGUACAAUACUUUUAAAUAAGUGAAGACAGGGUGUGGUUAAUAAUUGAAAACAAUGGUUCAAAGCUUCCAUAAUAUUGCAGCCAUGUAUGUAUUUCUGUAGCUGUUGUUGUAGUUUCCAUUUUCUUAUACAUAGUAAACAUAUAAAGAACUGCAGAUAUGUUUAAAUGAUAGAAUUACAUUCAUAUAUCUAAAAACUUUUAUCAUUAUAUAUAUAACUUUAAUAGAAAGUAUUUUAAUGUCAAAUACAGUGUUUAGAGAAGGAAUAAGGUGUAUUAUUUCUAUAUCUAUAACAACUAUGUAGCAAACGUACUAUUAGUGUUUGUGUAUAUAUAUAUAUAUAUAUAUAUAUAUAAAUACUACUGCAGUUUUGUUAGUACACUACACUGUUGUAGGUUGCAGGAUUAAUCACUUUGGUUUUGUCAAUAUGUGGGUGGUGAAUUCAGUAUUUUAGUGUAUCUUGCAUUUAUUGGAAAAGUAAAUUCUGGUAAAUGUGUUUGUUGUUUUGUUCUAAUAAAUUACUGAAAGCCUA